AUGGCCAACGACGAGUACGACCACCCCCUCGCACAGUUCCUCUUCAAGGUCGUCCUAAUAGGCGACUCCGGCGUCGGCAAAUCCAACCUGCUCUCCCGCUUCACGCGCAAUGAAUUCAACCUCGACAGCAAAUCCACCAUCGGCGUCGAGUUCGCGACCCGCAGCAUCCAGGUCGACAGCAAGACCAUCAAAGCCCAGAUCUGGGACACGGCGGGCCAGGAGCGCUACCGUGCCAUCACCUCCGCCUACUACCGCGGCGCCGUCGGCGCCCUGCUCGUCUACGACAUCAGCAAGCACCAGACCUACGAGAAUGUCACCCGGUGGCUGAAGGAGCUCAGGGAUCACGCCGACACGAACAUUGUCAUCAUGCUGGUGGGCAACAAGAGCGAUUUGAGGCAUUUGCGGGCUGUGCCCACCGAGGAGGCCAAGGAGUUUGCGAGCCAGAAUGGGUUGAGCUUCAUCGAGACUUCGGCGUUGGAUGCGAGCAAUGUCGAGCUGGCCUUCCAGAAUGAAUUGACGGAGAUCUACCGCAUCGUCUCAUCGAAAGCUCUGGACCAAGGCGAGGCAGGCCCCGGCCCCGGCCAAGGCACCUCCAUCCCCCUCGGCCCUUCCAAUCCUCCUGGAGACGGCAAGAAGUCAGGCCAGUGCUGCUGA